AAGAGAGAAGAGAAGAAAAAAGUCGCUGCCAAAAGGGACAAAAGAAAAAACGCAACUUCUUCCUUGGGCGAAAGACACUCGGACGCAAUGAAAUAUUCAGCUUAUUUCUUGGUGGAAAACUGUUAACCGAAGUGAUAAACACGGCAAGAAGCGUGUUCAAGGGGAAGAAGCUACGUUUUGAGUUCACUUUCGCCUCGCUUACCUUUCGAUCUCUCGCGAGCACGGACGGGUGUACGCUUAUUGUUUUUGCUGUCCCUACUACGGGGGUCGAUCGUCUGCUAAAUGUCGUGUCGAAAAUAAUUAUUCCCCAAGCAAUAAUUCAGCAACAAAAGCGACACGGCGGUUUGCAGUUCCUUGCCCCAUCUUGCCCCGUAGUGAAGUGAUUCCGUGUUUAGCAAUCUCAUCCAGAGUCGGUUAGGAAUUGGCAAAUCGCCACCGCGGAACGCUUGUACACGUUUGCUCACAGCUCUUGCCCAUUGGACACACCUCUGAAGGGGGAAAAAAGCUCCCCAGAUCGGUUAUCGCGUACGGUGGGCCAAACAAGCCACAGUUUGCCCACGAGCUUCUCAUCCCGCUGGCGAUGGCAAAGGAUAACAACAACAUCAACACGGAUGAUCUGACUGCAGCCACUCCUUCGUCCUCGGUGAAAGCGGCCCCGGCGUCCUCGUCCACCGCGCCGGAGGGUCCGGAAAAUGGGCCGUCCGCCCCGCCGGCGGAACCACAGUCCACGUCUCCAUCACUGCCGCCCGCCUCGAGUAGCACUCCGGAGGUGGCCCCGCGCAGGGAGGAAAACCCAUUCUCCUUCAAACACUUUCUCAAGUGGGACGGAAAUCACACGACGAACGGUGGAGGGGCCAGUGCAGGCGGUGGUAGUGCCGCCAGCAGCAUAAAUCACAGCCGAAGUGCAUCGAGCAUAAAUGGGCACGGAAUGGGCAGCUCGCUGGCGGAUGGCGGUGGUGGUACGGGUGGCACUGGCAACACGAACGGAACGCACGAGGGCAAGGCGGGACUGGCUGGGGCGAACGGAAGCACCCUGACGACGGUAACGACCGCCACCACCAGCACUGGAUCACCGUCCAAGUCGGCCACCACCAGCUCGCUCAACGUGGUCAGCUCAACGACGGGUGCGCGGCCAAAAAUCCCCCAAUUUCAGUCGGUCAACACGCUCAGCAGUGAGUCGAAGAUGAAACGGUCGCCCCGCUUCCCGUCGUUCGAUUCGCAGUCGAGUCUGUCGGACUUUGCGGACGAUCGGUUCGGCUCGAUCUACCAGAGCCGCAGUAACGGUUCCUUCAGCUCCGACUAUCCCGCGGCGGGCGGUGGAGUGGGCGGCAGUGCUACUGCUGGUGGUGGUUUGCGCGAGGAUGCCAACGGGAUGGAGCAGCUGGGCGAGCAGGUGGAAUUGCUGCGCGGGUAUGUGCAGCGGUCGUACUCGAACUUUGAUCUCGACAGUCCCGGUUCUUCGGCGGCUGUGGCGGCCGUCGAUAGGCGAAACGAGCUGGAAAUGCACAACGAGCCACCGGGCAGGGGGUUGGUUGGGGCGGCCGAGUUCUCCGCCGCCCUGCCCGACUUCGUGCAGGACCAUCUCGUGAUGGAGCAGUGGUACAAUACGCUGCCGAAGGGCACGGGCAGCGGCUCGUCUGGGUCGGCCGAGUUCGACGACGUGCUAGACCUGACCGGGGUGGCAAACGUUUCCGGCGGCGGUGGUGGAGGCGCUCCACUGUCUUCCUGUAACGAUAUACCGUUUGAUCUGACCGCAAGCAGCACGACGAGCAGUAGCCGAGUUGCGCGGGAUCCGAACACGACCCCCGUUGCUGGACACCGGCAUUCCAUGGGCGUGCGGCUCGAUCUUCCCUCGCGCAGUGGUGGAGGUGGAGCAGCAAACCUGGCCGGACCAGCGGAGCUCGGAUUCGAUCUUCCACCGCGCUCACCCACGUCUUCGUCCUCGGAACUGCCGCCCGAUCUGACCGAAGGCAAUGCGGGCGGUGGCGGCGAUGCGGGCGGUUCGGGUGGCAGAUCGCGAUCCUACUACUAUUCCGUCUCACCGCCGCCCGGCUCCAGCGGCACGACGGGCGACAACAAAAUCCAUCGCCUGCCGGACUUCCUGUCCGACGGGCCGAUCCAUUCGUCGGGACGGUUGGCCGACGUUACGCACGACACGCCGCACGCGUCGGAAUCUUCGUCAUCGGCGACGAUGGGCGGCUAUCGGCAGAGCCGGAGACAGUGGGAGACGCAGUACCAGAACCGGCUCGGGGCGGAAUCGCUCGAGAACGAGCGGCUAAGGCGCGAGCUGGAAGCUAGUCGUCGGACGGUCGGUGAGCAAUCGCGCCGCAUCCGGGAGCUGGAGCGCGACCUCGAAACGAUGGUUUCGCUUGCCCGACCCGGGGGCGCCAGUGGGUCGACGCAGUCGAAUGCUAGCAGCUUCCUGCAGGCGAAAACACGGGCCGUUACGGCGGAGGCGGAGAUGAAGCAGCUGCGACAGAAGCUGAGCAAUAUGAGUGUCGAAAUGGAAGCGCUGCGAAGAGAAAACGAAACGCUUAAGGAGGAAGCCUGUGGCGGCGCCAUCGGAGGUAGCACGGGUGCGGGCGCCAGUGCUAGGGUGCGGCAGGACGACGGCACAGGAGACCUUGGCAACCGAACCAGGCGGGACCGUUCUUCCGCUUUUCUGCGCGCACAAACGGUCGCCCUUCGGCAGGCAGCAUCGACAGCGGAAAGCAAUCUACGACAACUGCUAAGUGGGGUGGAAAACCUCCGAUCGAUGGCGAAUCAGAUAGAAACGUUUCGAAACACGCAGGACGAGGUAAAGUCUGAGGGUGUGUCGAUACCGCUGGAGGACUAUCUGCACGACGUCGGCGUUAAUAGCGACGAUGACGACGACGAUGACGACGACGAUGAGCCGUUCGGUCCGGCCUUGUAGAUACACACGAAACGGGAUUGUGAAGCGUGGGAAUGCGUGGAAGCGGUGGAAGUCUAAGUGUAGUGUAGCGCGCGACUGAUUGCGGAUGUGAGGUGCGUGCGUGUGUGCUCUCUGGCAGCAGAUCUGAAAUCAAAGAAAGAGGAAUUCGGAGCAACGCUCGUGCAUGUAUUUAAGAAAAGAAUAUAUAUAUAUAUACACUGAUACACCUAUCACAUAACCCCAUAUGGAAGGGCUUUAAAUCGGAUCCUUUUGCGCACAUUUGCACCACAACGCUAAUGGAAUAUAACGCUCCCCUAGGAAGACAGACAGACAAACGCACGCAGGAAUGCACAGUGUGCACGGUUGGUGUGAAUAUUACACGGUUGUAAAACGACUCAUUAACUAUCAUCACCAUCUUCCUCGUACGCUUAUGCGCGCACCUUCGCUUGAAAUGGAUAAAGUGCAACUAAACCCGCCGGCCCUUGACGGGGGGAAGAGCAACGGGUGGCGUGUGGUCUGGUGGGCAUUAUUCUACCAUCCUCACAGAAGCAGCUGGCUAAACGCUUGCACGCUUCUCUUCCCGCGCACACGCACAGGCCCACUGACUGUUUAAGAUAUAUUUCCCUGCCGCAGGGCGCAAAGAAGGACCAUCCAGUAGCGUAAAUAAUACAACCGCGAAAAAAAGCUUUAGUUAGAAACCAAAGCGGGAAUAUCAUGCGCAAAAUGGUUUGCUUUGUACGGCACGUGCAAUAGCGGCCCAGGGGGGAGGGCAUACGGCACGCUUCAAAUUUGCUUUACAAGCGUUCCAUUUAUCGCUCGCUCUCUCGGCAAUGAUGGGUUUAAAUACUCAUCCGCGCAAGCACAAAUCGUUCGAAACGCGCUAAAAUGUGUAAGGAAAGGUGUGCGUGUGUUCGAGGACGUAUGGCAAGCAAAGAGGGAUUUUAGCUGGAAAAUACGAUUAGCUGAGGGUGUGAAAGCUUCGGUACGCGACGUGAUUUGUGAAGGGACACAUAAUAGUCUGCGAAAAGAGAGAGCGGGAAAGGGAGAGACACUUUAUCUCGUUUUCCUGUGAUCCCAAACGAAAAGGAUUUGAUAAAACUAUCCUCCCCGAAAUCAAGCGCGAAUGAAAUAAGAAGUGGAGGUGUGGGUUUAGGGAAAAGAAACAACGUUUACAACGAUUUUUCGCUUUCUCCCAAAAGCAGCAGAAGAAAGAAAGAGAGAAAUAGCGAAGGUUAGAUGGAAAAUACCCAGACGAAUAAAGGCUAUAACAUAUUUAAAAUAACACUA